GACUGAGGAGGGGUGGAGCCAUGAAGACUGAAAGCCAAGACAGAGAGAGGAGCUAGCGGCACCAAGACGAACAAGGUGGAGUCAGAGGGAGAAUGUGAUUGUGACUAACAGAAUGGGACCUGCUUCAAGUGGCAUCAAGAGAGAGUUUCAAAAUAAUAAACUUAGAUCUGAAUGUUGUUCUGGGUUGAAUCUGCUGCCCUGAGGAGAGAUAAUAUAGCAAACCCAACAGGUUUUCUACCGGUCUUGCCUUCGCUUUCUCUCCCUGUGUCGGCUCAUCAUGGUGGACCUGUUUGUUGAUCGCGUUCUUGUAAAGAACAACAAGGACCAGGAUGAGCUGGACACAGAACAUGAGCUUGUCAUGCGUCUGCAGAACCGGAUCCUGAUGCUCUUCUUUGCCUCUGCUGAAUCUGAGACCUGCCAGCAGUUUGCUCCCACGCUUCACAACUUCUUUAAACAGCUGACUGAUGAGUUCUACGUGGAGCGUGCCGCUCAGCUGGUUCUUCUCUACAUCAGUCUAGAUCAAUCGGAGGAACAGCUUGAAAACGUCCUCAAGGAGCUCCCAAAGAAGUCCCUGUUCCUUGCAUAUGAGGAUCCAUACAGGAGGGAGCUGGAGACCAUGUUCAAUGUGAAGGAGGUCCCCACAGUGGUGGUCCUGCGUCCCGACUGCUCCAUUCUCAUCCCCAAUGCAGUGGAGGAGAUAAUCCAGAUGGGUCCAGACUGCUACUGCAACUGGCUCGAGGCAGCCGAGCUCAUCGACAGAAACUUCCUCAUGAAGGAGGACUUUGAGAACAAUUCCAUGCGCAGCUUUAGCGACCCUGUCAGAAGACUUAAGUACAAGGUGGAGGAUGAGAAGAAAAAGAAGAAGAAGAAGAAACAGCGCAGAGGAUGGGGGGGAGGUGGUGAUGAAGGUGAAGAAGUUGAAGCAGGAGGAGGAAGAGAUGACAAGGAUGGAUGACGGCCAAUGUGGUAAAGGAGACCAUAAUUGGAAAAAACAAUGCUGUAAAUCUGUCCCAAAGCUGUUACUAUUAGAAAUUGAAAGCUAUUUUUCUACUUUAAUUAUUGCUCUUGCAAGAAUUUAGUUUUUAUGGCUGAAUUAAAAAAAAGCUUAAUUCUGGCAUUUUCAGAUGAUUUAUUUUAAUUCUAUCUUAAAUGAAGAAAAGAGUUGUGAUGAUCUCUGGGGCCAAGUGUGAGUGUGCAUAAACAGAGUGUCCUACUAAAGCAUUCACAUCCCUUGAAGCUUUUCAAUUUUGGUGACAUUACAGCCACAAACAUAAAAGCAUUUUUAUUGGUAUUUAAACAGCCUAACUAAAAGUAACACAUAGUUGUGAACUGGAAGAAAAGUGAAGGAUGGUUUUCAUUUUUUUGUCAAACAAAAAAAUAGUCUGAAAAGUGUGGCAUGCAUGUCUUGAUUAGGGUUGACCUGUGUUUAAUUUGAUCCAAGUAUAAAAACAGCAGUUCCGUGAAGGCCUUAUAAUGGUUUCUUAGAGAACGUUAGCGAAUAAAAAGCAUCUGGAAGACCAAGAAACAUAGCAGACAGCAGUAAUUUAAAGCAGGGUUAGAUUAUAAAAAAAUCCCAAGCUUUGAACAUCUGAGAGCUCUGCUCCAUUUAUCAUCUGAAAACAAAAAGAGUAUGGUUGGCUACAUACAAGCCUUCCAGGAUAUGGCUCUACACUAAAAGGGUGGACAAAAAGAACAUUAGUCACAAAAGCAACCAAGAGGCCCAUGGGAACUCUGGAGGAGCUGCAGAGAUCCACAGCUCAGGUGAAGGAAUUUGUCAAUAGGAAAACCAUUAGUUGUGCACUUCACAAGGAAGAAAGACAUUGUUUAAAGUCCUAUUUAAAGUUUGGUACAAGCCAUGUAAAGGACACAGCAUCAAUGUGGAAGAGGGUGCUCGGUUUAAAUGAGACAAAAAUUUAACAUUUUGGCUACAUGCAAAAUGUUACAUGCAAACACGGCACAUCCUCCUGAACACACCAUCCCCACUGUAAAACAUGGCGGUGGCAGCAUUAUGCUGUGCUCAGCAGAAACAGAAAACCUGGCAAGAAUUAAUUUUCACAUAGAGUCAUUGUUAUAGGGUGGCAUGUUCAUGUGUUGGAACAGCCCUGUCAAAGCCCAGGCCUAAAUCCAAUUAAAUAUCUGUGACAAGAUUUGACCAUUGGGUUUCAAGCAAUCAGGCUGAGUCUUGACUAUUCUGUAAAGAGGACAAAUUUCCAGUCUCUAGAUGUAAAAUAGCCUACACUUUAUCAAGUCCAAGGACCCCAAAGAGCUUUACACUGCAAUCAGUCAUCCACCUCAUUUUUGCACACAUUCACAUACUGGGGCAGACUGAAGUGAGGCUGCCAUACAAUCGGCACCACUUAGCCCUCUGACCACCAUCAGCAGGCAAGGUGGGUUAAGUGUCUUGCCCAAGGACACAAUGACUGAGAUGGACCAAGCAGGGGUUUGAACUGGUAACCCACUGGUUAUAGGACAAACUCCUACUACUGUCGCCACCAUCGCACUACCAGAUGUGCAAAGCCGGUGGAAACAUACCCCAAAGAUGAGCAAAGAUGGAGUACAGAUUCAGGGAGCUGAACACAAAUGCCACAAUUUUUUAUUUUGUUUGCAACAAAAUUUUAAAAAUCAGGUUGCACCCUUCUUCCACAUAACAUUUAUGCACUUUGUCUCGCUCCAUCACAUCCAAUCGACAUUAAGAGACAUUGAAGAUUGCGGUUGUAAUGUUGCAAAAUGUGAAAGAAUUCAAGGUCUAUGACUAGUUUUGCAAGACAACCCGUAUGUCAACAUUCAGUGCAAUAUGGAUAAUCUCCCUAAAGGACAACUGAAAGCUGCCUCUCUUUGCUGUGUUUGUUUAUUAUCAUCUCAGUCUAAUGUGUGAAGUAUACAGGCAAGCAAAGGUUUGGUGUGAGCCACAACCAGUCUCAUCCUUGUGGCUUGUUUUCUUACACCCAGGAGGAAUACUAAAAGCCAUUUCUCAAUUUUCAACAACAACACAGCUCUGUGGAGAUGUAGUUUUCCAUGUUGUUUGCCACCUGAUCAAAGCUUGUGGUGCACAAUGUGAUAACCAAUAAAUAAUUCAGCAGGAUUAAAAUAGUUUUUAGUGACUGUUUUGUUUUGAGUGUUUGUGAAGCCUGGCUGUACUUUAUGGUCUGCACAAGCAGCAAUCAAAGCUAUUCAAAGAAUCGAGUAAUUCAAAGAAUCAAAAUGGGGAAACUAGCUCAACAACAUAAUCACUGAUUUCCUUUCAAUGUACUGAGGUCUAUGUUUAGUCUCUGCACACUUCCUGUCACUUGCAUAUUGCAUUGAUGAUGCUUUGUGUGAUCAUUUAGGAAUCCCUUUUGGAACGUUUCCCUCAAAGGAAAACUAGGGAACAUGGUUUUCUUCCUUCUUUCUGAGUGUCCCAUUACUGUAAAACAUGCCAUCAGUGCUUCUGAGCACAGGGUUUUCAUUUAAACAUUCAGUAUUUUUCAGGCUCCUUUGUAAUAUAUAAAUACAAAACUUUUGCAUAAAUCUAGAGCAAAAGGUUCUACCGUGCUCUGGCUUUAUAUUCGUAAACUACAAAACGGAAAGAGAAGGUCAUGUUGCAGAAAUCCCAGGGUUCAUCCUUGUUCAUUUAUUUAUUCAGUUACAGAGAACAUUCAAAAACAACCCCAGAUGCACUAACAGACAGAUGAUAAAGAAAUCUAACAAAAGAUUAGCUAAUAAAUGAAAAUACUGUACAAAACCAAUAAAGAAGUGAAGUAAAUCGUCAGUGAAGCUAAGAAAGGACUUUGUGUGUUUUUGAUUUGUGGUAUCAAAUACACUGAAAUCAGAAAUCAUCUUUACCUGCUGUUUAAACAUAUCAACAGAGUUCAAACUCCUAUGCAUUUUUCAACUCCUCUCUCAGUUUAUAAGAACUCUGGUUUUCAUUGUUCUUUACUGGUUCCUUCCGUUACUUUGUCCGUGCUCCAUGUCCUGCUUAUCCUGUGAUCCCCCCUGUAAGUUCUCCUUCUUGUUCACCAUCAAAUAAGUCCCUUACUAAUCCUAAACAUGACAUGAAACCACUAAAGUUUGAUGUUUCCAAUUCAACUGCAGACAAGACGGAAGAAUGUUAUGGUCCCCUGCACUGAGAUGUUAAAGCAAUUGUUACCAGAAUCCAUAGUUCAAUUUUAUAAUCUAUUUGAUCACUUGCAUAAAUUUUGUUCACAAAAAUCUACAGGUGCAGGCAUACACUUGUGUUUGUUGCAUAAACGUUUUAAAAAUCUGAUUGGAGGAACGCUUUGAGAUUAUCAGAUACGUGUACUCGUGCUCGUCGUCUUCCGCUUUAUCCG